AAAAAUAUGUGACCAUCAAUGAGCACUGCUAGGCAUCUAGAAUCGGAUUCCAAAGAGGAUUAUAGGCGUGUAUCUGAAUUAGAUGGUACGAUUACAAAUAUGGGUAAUUUAGGAUUGGAUUAGCCUUAAUCACACGGUCAUCGGCUCUGAAUCCCCCCACCUCCCUGCGAAUAAACAGCCUCACAGGCUAUUGGGAUGCGGGGAUGAUUUUGGUGACGCUGCGAUGGGUAGGCCCUACCUGCGAAGAUACCGAAAUUCAAACAAUAAUGAGGAUCCAAUUUGAUUUCAAGUUGCUUUAGUCGUUUUGAUCGCUUCUUUGUUAUUGUUCUAAUUAUUUGGCCAUGAUUUUCCUGCGGAGGCUCGUGCAGCUGUUGGUGCUUGUGAUACAGAGCGGAUGGUGGGGGGUCGCGCCGAGCCCCACCGAUGAGGGAGCACUACGGGCCGGCCACGGGGAGCACGGAGAGCCGGGACAUCAGGAGCCUCACAAGGACUCCUACAGCACCUUUGCCUCAGAGUUCCUGGAGUCCAGAUAUCUGUCCGAUGACGGUUAUCCAUUCCCCACCGCCCCGCCAGUGGAUCCUUUUGCUAGGAUCAAAGUCGUCGAUUGUGGAGUAACCAAAGGCUGCAUAAGGUAUGGGAAGCCAGGGUGUGAUGCAGAAACUUGUGACUAUUUUCUGAGUUAUCGUCGCAUCGGGACAGAUGUGGAGUAUGAGAUGAGCGCAGACACAGAUGGCUGGGUGGCCGUAGGUUUCUCCUCUGACAAGAAAAUGGGAGGGGAUGAUGUCAUGGGCUGUGUCCAUGACGAUAACGGACGUGUACGGAUUCACCACUUCUACAAUGUCGGCCAGUGGGCCAAGGAAAUAAAGAGGAACCCUGCCAGAGACGAAGAAGGCAUCUUUGAGAACAACCGGGUGAUCUGCCGUUUCAAACGGCCACUAUACGUCCCCAGAGAGGAAACACUUGUGGACUUACACCUGUCAUGGUUUUACCUGUUUGCAUGGGGACCUGCCAUACAAGGUUCCAUCACGAGGCAUGACAUCGACAAUCCUCCUGUCAGCGACCGCAUGAUCAGCAUCUAUAAGUACGAGGACAUCUUCAUGCCUUCUACAGCCUACCAGACCUUCAACUCUCCCCUCUGCUUACUGCUCAUAGUAGCCCUCACCUUCUACUUACUAAUGGGAACCCCAUAAUGAAGCACAGGAGAGCACAUAGUGGAAAGAAGAGUGAAGAGAAGAUGAAGCAGCAAUAAAAAAAGAAGUUGUCUAAUGCCAUAUUCAAGUGUGAACUUUGCGCAAAGAGACACUGUAUUCGAUAUAUUAAACACAAUAGAGAGUCUGUAUGCAUUACUCUGAACUCAUACAGAGGAUCUUGACAAAUUAUUAAACCUAUAAUCUAGAGGUGCCUAUAUUGUAGGGGGUGAUACAGUUACACAUUGUCAUGGACAUUCAUUACUCUACUGGUGUCAGUACAAAACAAGAGUAGUGUUAUAGUAUAAUAGAUCAAUUAUUUUCAGUAUUUAUAAUAGCUUCCAUGUAUUUAAAAAAUAUGAGGACUACACUUGACAAUAAAUAAAUCUCAGAAGUCUUCAAAAUACUGCAUGCACUGGGAAAUCUGGAAAUUAAUUCAAACAUCCUCUGAUCACUGGUGAAGAGGAGUCAGUGCCUCAUGUUGAGCUUGGUUUAAAAAAGAAAACAAGCACCUCACAGCCAUUUUGCAAACACUCUUCCUGUCCCUUUACUCUCUUAAGUUUAUAUGGAUAUCAUGCUUUGCAAAAUCUUCAGCACUCAUAAACACUUGGUUUCCUUUUUAAAAAUGUUUUCCCUUUCUCAACCACAGUGGCUGUUGGGUUUGUUUAUCAGUAUUGGGGCACUGUGACUGUGUUUAACAGACAGAGAGAGACUGCUACACAAGUUACUGUUGCAAGCAAUAACACACUGAUCAGGAGCAAACUGUGGAUUGAAGAACAGUUUGCUUGGACAUGGACUCAUUUCUUCCCCCUCAGGCUGUUAUUGUUGCCUUUUGAUAAAAUCCCUCCCACUGAAA